GGAAGACGUUCUUGUAUACUCAUUUCUACUCAUGCGUUUUUUUUUUUUUUGAGAACGUGUAUGGCACUUAUUUACCGCCGGCGUCAAUUAUCUAGUAGCGCCGUCAGAAUUUAUUUGCACAUUCUACUCCAAACUUGAUUGAAGAACGUUGCAGAAAUCCACUUUCUGAAAUCACCUGUUUGUCCGAGAAAAGAAAAAUUAAAAUAAAUCAGAGCAGCACUAGCACACAAAAAUGAGGAAGUUUGCAACAAAGAUCGCCUACCUCGGGGCAGCCACCGUAGCUGCGUCGGCGGGCUACACAGCGUUUGGUACGAAGGUAACGGGUGGUCCCCCGGGGACGACCGCUACGGGUCGCGCCGGAGGUUCAUCUAGCAGUUCGAAUUCAGCGUCAGCACCAGCAGCAGCGCAGAGGGACAGCGAACCGAACCGGACGCAAUGGCUGCAACGCCGGGCCGGUUACAAUCUUGCUUCCACCUCACCGCUUCACACCCUCCUGAGUGACGUCCGUGUCAAGCUGGAGCAAGAAGCGCAGCAGGAAAGAGACACACGACGACAUGUUGCUCCUGAGGCGGAGAUGAUGCCAUCUCGCAGUGAAACGACGACUGGCCGCAACGGAAGAAGCACUGCUUCAUCGUCCGGCGUGGCAGCAUCGUCGCACGCAGCUGGACCGGGAAUUGUACCAGCUGUUGCUGCCUCCAGCGCUGCUGGAACAACAAACACAGGCUUGAUGAAGGAGGAACAGGCCGAGAAUCUUCGGGAGCAAGCUGCUGCAGCAUUGGGAGGUCAAAACGAAAACACAGCUCUACUAGCUGUUGUCCCUACUAAAAGAUGAAUGCUGUGUUUUGAGCCAAGAACCUCCUCCUUUUUCCUAAGCGAAAACUUUAAAACAUGAAACAGAAAUUUGAGCUUCUGCUAUCAAAUCCAAGCAGGAGCAGGUCUUGUUCAUCAAGCUGCUCCAGGAAAAAUGCAUGCAAAAUUGAACUUCUUCGCUUUCUUCAGGUCACCAGCAAGGAGACCACCUCGAGCAGCAUGUACAGCCUGCAGGAACUACAGCAGUUCCCUUUCUCCCUUUCCCCUACCCGGGCAUCGACGGGCUGCCGCUUAAGGCCGAAGACGAGGAGGAAAACGACUUACCCAUGCCCGCUUCGCAAGCCGCUAGCCUGAGCCUGCCAAACAGCCAGGAAGACCCGCAAGACGUCGCUUUGCCACUGGAAGAAGUCGCGCCGGCGGGAAAACCUCCGAAGCUGGGAGACAUGCCUGGUAUGGUUUUGAUUUACUCGUUCUGGGAGCACCUUAGCUUGUGCUUGCGUUUCACGUUAAUUAUGUGGUCAAAGAUAUCAUCAACUACGAGAAUAAACUUUCCAAAAUCCUAAAAGGCCUAGACGAGAACGGCGAGUGCUGGGUGGACGGCAGUCGCAACAACCGGUACCUGGUCAAGCGGAUGACAAUCAAACAGUACUCCCACUUAUACCAGUCGGACCCCCGGUUCCGCUCAGAUUCCCCCAACGAGAUCUACUACUGCAGCUGCCCUGCCUGGAAAUUUAAGAAAGUCAGCUACUACGACAAGGAAUGCAAACACAUUCGCGCACUGGUACGAUUAUUAAUUGGAAGUAUUGACAUCGAGCUCGAAAAACUCCUUUCAAAUUGCAGUAUGAUGUCCGCGAUCCGAAACUCUCAACAUGCACUCAAUUCUACUUCGGGAACUAUGUGGUUCUGGUUGCUCUUGCUGCAGGUCUGCAAUUUUCUUUUUCAAAUGUCGCGCAUCAAAUUCUUACGGAUCAUUCAAUAAAUACAGCUCGGCCUUUCCACGGAAGAGGACGAUGCCCGAACCGCGUCGCGCUCCCGAUCUCGCAGUGCCUCGGCUGCUUCCUCCACUACCAGUCGCGGGGGCCGAAAGGGUCGUGGACGGGGAGCUGGAGCGGCAGCGGCAGCAGGACCGGCUGCAUCCGGAAUAAAUCAGGAUAGCACGACAACAGGAGCACGUGGGCGUGGUUCUACUUCCGGUGCCGCGCAGAAUAAUGCGAAAAACGGAGGUGGCAAGGGCGGCGCGGGAGGCCGAGGCAAAGGCCGAGGCGGGGGAAGUACAAGUAGUACGACGACUGGAGGAGCAGGUGCUGCAGCUUCGAGUACUAGUAGCAAUGCAGUCGUUCCUGCUGCGAGUAGCUCCGCAGCGGCGUCUUCAUCUACUGGUGCAGUUCCUACAACAAGUUCCGCAGCCACUCGUACAGCUGCGACCAAGAACGUCCACCUCAGCGCACGAUGGCGCGACGAAGAGCAGCACAUUGCCAAGGCUCCUGUAGUCGUCGCUCCUUCUGCAGCGACGGGAGCAGCAGCUGGUGCCUCCUCUUCCUCAUCUUCUCAGUGGCACCCGAACCUGUUGAUGCGACGAGCGGAGCGACAGCAGGAUGAAAUCGAGUCAACACCCCCUAGUACUUCUCGAGGAAACCAAGCUGAAUGGAGGAGAAAUCCAUCAGGACAUCAACCAGGUCGUGAAACACGACAGACCAGCCGGAGCAGGAGCAACGCACGAUCCUCAAGCGAUCGGGGGACUACGACUACCGCAACUGCGAAAGCCCGACCUACCGCUCAAUACAGUGGGGGUGUUAACAAAGGCAAGGGAAAGGGAAAGGCAGUGGAACACCGGGUACGCAGCCCCGGUGCAGCCAGUGAAGGGUUACCAGGAUUUGGAAAUCAGCAGGCAGAGGAACAACAAUUACGCGGUGUCGUCCGCAGCCUCGGUACAACUAGCAUUUCCGGCGCAACAGUAACAGAACCUCCAACGCCUGGAUCGUCGCAGGAGACAAAGGUCGAAACGACAACAACCCGUAGUAUUCCUGCAAGCAGUGGACGAGGUCGCGGAGGCGGGCGGGGCGGUGCCGGACGAGGCGGUGGUGCUGGAGGGGCAGGCUCGUCCUCCGGAGUGGCGCAAUGAUGAAGAAAGCAGUCAAAAUAUCGCCGGCGAAUGAAUGUCUUUACUUCUGAAUCUGAUGAAUAUAGGUCAGCCUUUUCGUUUUUGUCGUUGCCCAUUAAAUUUGGAAAUACUUCUGCUCGUACCGUACUAGAUUCGACGAUUUGGAGACUUUCGUGCAAAUAGACAUGAUGAUGAUACGCAAUUAUAGUAAACCUGUUCCAGCCCUCCAUGACAAGAUCCCGGGAAAGAGCUGUAGAGCAAGAGAUUUUUGAUCUUUUGGAAACGUUAGCUAUUUGCCGGCGAAGAAGAUUUUUCUUUGCAUUUCCACCACUUCAUUCUUCACCGUAUAUGAUUACAUCAUGAUGCCGUUCCUGUCUCGAAGAUUUUAUCUUGAAGCCGCAGAGGCAAGAAGCCUGCUUGUCGUAAAGUAGUUUUUGAAUUCUGUCAUAGCAAUGAAGACCUACUAAUCUUGUUUUUUGAGGAUCAAAUUGAACCACAGCCAGAAUCAAAGCAAUGAUUCGUAGAAGACUUGAAAAGCCUAGUAAAGGUGGAACGAAACGAAGAAUCAAUACCCGUUACCACGCUACGGACUGUGUCACGCCAUUUGUGUUUUGAUGAAAAGGAUACCAAACUGCUGCGCGCAAACAAAACAACGUGCGCGUGCAUCUGGUGACG